GUUAUGGAUUAGGAAAUAAAGAAGCUUGAAUAACUCAAAUAAUAAGAAAUACUCUUGAUGCAGUAGAUUUAUGAAAAGAAAGUAUAGUUUAUUUUUGUAUUAGAUUAAUUACUUGAAUACAAAAAUAUAGUUAUUAACAGAGGAAUCAAAAUAAAAAGAUAUUGAAUUGCAAAAUCUCAAAAAUUCAUAAUCUGAGAAUUAGACAGACUAGCAAGUUGUAAUCCAAGAGCCUCCUAGUUUAGAUUAGUAAAAACAAAAAUUGAAUGAUGAAAAGGAUAAAGAAUUACAGAAAAUCAAGACUCAAUACUAAACAGAUUUACAAAAUAUUCAUCAGCAAAUGAGAAAUAGGGAUUUGAUGAUAGAAUAAAUGAAAUAAGAAAUUAAAAUGUUUGAGCAAUUCUCCCAAUAGAACCUUGAUCAUUAAAAAGUACAAUUUUUAUCCUAAAUCAUUGAUGUUACCAAUGAAUUGCUAGUUUAAUUAUGA